AUGUUAUUCAGAUCGGUCAUACGGACUACUGUCAGCUACGAAGUUGUCGUAGUCAGACAUUUGGCUACUGCUAGAUCGAAAGUGGUUCAAACUACAGACGAAGCUCUUGAAGGUAUCGAGUCCAAUAUCACCUUAUUGUCUGGAGGCUUUGGGUUGAGUGGAGUACCAGACACAAUUAUCAAUGCCUUGAAAGAAAAAUCACAUAUUCAGAAUAUCACUGCGGUUUCGAACAAUGCUGGGUUGGAUGGAAGAGGCCUUUCCCAGUUGCUUGUCACAGGACAAAUCACCAAGAUGAUUUCAUCCUACAUUGGUGGAAACAGAACAUUUGAGAAGAUGUAUUUGACUGGAAAAAUCGAUCUUGAAUUGACUCCACAAGGUAACCUUGCAGAACGAGUCAGAGCUGGUGCUGCAGGGAUUCCAGCCUUCUACUCGCCUACUGGUGUGGGAACUUGGUUGGAAGAAGGAAAGUUACCUGUCAGAUACGAUGAAACAGGGACGAAGGUACUCAAGUCGAGUGUUCCCAGAGAGGUUAGAGAAUUUAAUGGUAAAAAGUACUUAUUGGAGCCAGCUAUUGUUGGUGAUGUAGCUUUUGUCAAAGCAUACAAGGCAGACACUUUAGGGAACUGCUGGUUCAGAGGAGCCUCGAGAAAUUUCAACUCGGUCAUGGGCAGAAAUGCCAAGUUGACUAUUGUUGAAGCAGAAAAUAUUGUCGAACCAGGCGAAAUUACUCCUGAAGACGUCCAUUUACCAUCUAUUUACGUUGAUAGAGUCAUACAAUCUUCUACACCUAAAGAAAUUGAGAUUCACAAAUAUUCUGAAGAGCAAACUACAGAGAAUGCUUCUUCAGAAGUUUCAGAAGCAGAAUUGAAAAGACAGAAGAUCGUCAAGAGAGCUGCUCAAGAAUUCCAAGAUGGUUCCUUUGCGAAUUUGGGAAUCGGUAUGCCCACAUUAGCCCCCAACUUCUUGCCUGACACUAUUAAUGUCACCUUGCAGUCAGAAAAUGGGAUCCUUGGUUUGGGGCCUUACCCCAAGAAAGGCGAGGAGGACCCAGAUAUGAUCAACGCAGGUAAGGAAACGGUGACACUUGCUCCCGGUGCUUCACUCUUCGGCUCCGAAGAAUCGUUUGGGAUGAUAAGAGGAGGAAAGAUCGAUUUGACGAUCCUUGGUGGCUUACAGGUGUCAGCCAAGGGAGACUUGGCCAACUGGGGUUUACCAGGCAGAGUUAAGGGUAUGGGAGGUGCCAUGGAUUUAGUGAGCAACCCCAAGGCUACAAGAGUAGUGGUUGUCAUGGAACAUGUAGAUAAGAAGGGUAGGGCCAAGAUAUUAAACGAGUGUAAAUUCCCAUUGACUGGUAAGGAAUGUGUUUCCAGAAUCAUCACCGACUUAGCCGUUUUCGAUGUGGUUGAUGGAAAAUUGGUGUUGAUAGAAAUAGACCCCUCCUCCAGCGUCGAGGAAGUUAAGAGCAAAACUGAAGCGGAGUUCGAGGUGUCUCCAAAUUUGAAGUCCAUCGAAAUCUGA